AUGUCCCUCAAAACCACCCUCACCACCCUCCUCGCCCUAGCCCUCACCAGCAGCGCCCUCGCCGCCCCCCCAGACCUCACCAAGCGCGCCUCCGAAACAAUCUACCUCUCCAACUGCGUCACCACCGGCGCCGCCUACAGCAAAAGCGGCAUGUUCUACUACUCCGCCAGCGAGGACUCGCAGAACGGGGCGUCGCCGUCCAGCGGCAACUACGCGACCGUCAACGACGGCAGUCUCGUCGGGUGGGAGGGCGCGACUGUGUCGGGCACGUUCGGCUCCGGCGUGACUUUUACGUCGAAGAUUGAGGGGGGUGCUCAUGCGGCUUAUUCGUACUCUGGGAGUGGGUCGAAUGGGUAUAGGAAUUUUGCGUGCUAUCGGGAUAAUGAGAGGUUGUUGUUUACGGGGUCGGAGAAGUGGGGCAAGUGUUAUAGUGUUUAUUAUUGUUUGUGA